AUGGCUAGAUUCAUUGCGUUCAUAUCUAUGUUGAGCAUUGUGCUUCUAAGGAAGUGUAUUCACAUCUACAAUGAAUAUGGACAUCUAUUGUUAGACAUGGCUUUAGUUUUUGUAUCGUCGGCGAUAUUUUCGGGCAUGCGCUUCCGGCCAACAGAAGUUGUUUCCGGCAGAAUUUCUCCCAUGACAUCAAUGAUGGGUAGGCCUGAUCGCUAG